AUGGCUAGUCCUCCCGUUCUAGUUUUCGAUGCCGAGGGCCGUCCGGUGAAGUUCGAAACCUGGCUAGAUGACCUGCACCUGUUCCUACAGCUCACUGCCAAGGAAGACAUCUCGCUGUACGACCACGCCCUAGGCCAUGCUACUGCCCCUGACACGUCUGCUGACAGCACUCUACGCUCUCAGUGGCAGACUCGUGAUGCGCACGCUCGCUUCGCUAUUCGCAACUCCCUGCCGCUAGACGAGCGCGAGCACUUCGGCCAGUGCAAGACUGCUAAGGACCUCUACACCGCUGUAGUUGCCCGUUACUCCUCACCCGCUUCUGCUACGCUAGGCCGCCUCACUCUCCCCUACCUGUUCCCCGACCUAGCCUCCUUUCACACUGUCGCAGACCUCAUCACCCACCUUAAGACUAGUGAGGCCCGCUUUCGCGCUGCUAUGCCUGCCGAGUUUCUCACUAGCAACCCCCCCCCGCUCUGGAUCACUCUCUACCACAUCGUCACCCGCCUCCCUGACUCUCUGCGCGCAGUCAGGGACCACUUCCUCUCUCGCUCCCCCACUGAGCUCACUGUUGCCCUCCUCGAGAAGGAACUGCUUGCAGCUGAGGCGAGCAUCGUCGCUGUAGGCACCUCUCGUGGCGACCCCCGCACCCCGUUCUUCGAGGGGUGUUCCCCUUCCCCCCUCCUCCCCUCUGUCGCCUCUGCUGCUGCUGUCGACCUCCUUGGUGCUGAGAAGGUCGGGACCGCGUCUGCUUCGAGCGGGCGCCGCAGGAGCAAGGGAGGCAGGGGUGGGGGUGGUGGCGGAGGAGGUGGGGGUGGAGGCGGUGGGAGUGGAGGCGCGACUGGGGAGGCUAGUGGCGGCAGUGGGGGAAAAGACAGCAGCGGCGGGAGCGGUGGCAGGGGCGGAGGCGGCAGCGGAGGUGGAGGUGGUCGUGGCGGCGGCAGGGGUGGAGGUGGCCGAGGCGGUGGUGGUGGCGGUGGUGGUCGUGGAGGCACUGGCGGAGGCCAGAGUCAGCAGCCCGCCCCGACGCUUCAGGCCGCCCGUGAGUGGUAUGCGCAGCGUAGCUCUACCUGCACGUACGUCAUUCGCACAGGUGACCGCAGCGGCCAGCAGUGUGGGAGGCCGCACCCCACGCAGCGCUGCUUCGCGCGCCUUAACGACGCGUGGCGCACCCAGUUUCCUGAUGCCACUGAGCUGCCGCGCUGGGCUGAUCUGGAAAAGAGGGGUGUCGAUAUUUGGGCUCUAGACUUUGAUGCUAUUCUCACUGCCAUGUAUGCCAUGUCUAUUAGUGGAGAGGGUGCUCAGUACUUGCGUGUUCCGCCCGACCCGGGCAUUCAGGCCAGUCCGGCUGCCGCUCUAGGUGCUAGUGCGUCCGCUCCCGCAGGUCCUGGUGAGGCUGCUGCCCUAGGUGCUAGUGCGUCCGUGCCCCCUGGUACUGAGUCGACUGCAGCACUGCACACCUUCACACUGGACUCAGGUGCCUCUCGCUCUUUCUUUCGUGACCGCACUAUCCUUGAGCCACUCGCUCGGCCAGUUGCUGUCUCCCUUGCUGACCCCUCUGGGGGUCCGGUCAUUGCGACCUCCUCCACUGUUCUUCCUUGUCCUGCGGUCCCGUCCGGCACACUUUCAGGUCUCUACCUCCCCUCGUUCUCUACGAACUUGGUGGCGGGUUGUGCGCUCCAGGACUCGGGUGUUCACCAGUUCACUCCUGCCUACGAGCGCGUGACACACUGCACGUGUGCUCGGACGGGUCGCCACCUGGCUACUUUCACUCGAGAGCCGGGGUUGGACCUGUACACACUGACCACUGAGUCCCCUCAGGUAGCUGCGUCUGCGUCAGGUCAGCUGUCCGCCCCCUGCUCGUGUCGCUCUCUGGCGCAUGAGACUGUCCUUUGGCACCACCGCCUUGGUCACCCGUCUGUGCAGCGCCUUCGGGCCAUGCACAAACGGGACCUUGUUGCUGGUCUUCCCAGGGUGCUCCCUCCCCUUCCCGACUCGCCUGCUCCUCCCUGUAUUCCCUGUGUCGAGGGGCGGCAACGCGCCGCUCCUCACUCCUCCUCCUUUCCCCCGACGACUGCUCCCUUGCAGACGUUCUACUUGGACGUGUGGGGCCCAGCCCGCGUCCGUGGACAGGGUCAGGAGCGGUACUUCCUGCUAGUUGUUGACGACUUCUCGCGCUACACCACGGUCUUCCCCUUGCGAGCCAAGGGUGACGUCCCUGAUGUCUUGAUCCCUUGGAUCCGCAGAUCUCGUCUCCAGCUCACCAGGCGUUUCCGCUCCGACUUUCCUGUCCUGCGUCUGCACUCUGACAGAGGUGGGGAGUUUUCCUCUGGCCUCCUGGAGGCCUUCUGUCAGCAGGAGGGCAUUGAGCAGUCGUUCACGCUUCCGGACUCUCCACAGCAGAAUGGGGUUGCUGAGCGCCGCAUUGGUCUAGUCAUGGAGGUCGCUCGUACCUCCUUGAGUCAUGCGGCUGCCUCCCAUUUUCUGUGGCCGUUUGCGGUCCGAUACGCUGCGCAUCAGCUCAACCUCUGGCCCCGUGUCUCCUUGCCUGAGACUUCUCCGACACUGCGUUGGACGGGAGAGGCUGGCGAUGCGUCGCGUUUUCGGGUCUGGGGAUCCCGAGCUUUUGUCCGCGACACGUCCGCGGACAAGCUCUCCCGUCGCGCUGUCCCCUGCGUCUUCCUUGGCUUUGUCCCGGACGCCCCUGGUGCUGAGGUACCAGACCCCCUCCCCCCUCAGGGUGCCGCUCCCUCAGGUGUGUCCCAGGUAGACCCGGGUGAGCCUGUCGAGGUAGCUGUUGACUCUCGUCCUGCGUCUGGGGGUGCUGAGCCUGGGGGUGCUGCGUCUGGGGGUGCUGAGCCUGGGAGUGCUGAGUCUGGGGGUGCGGAGCCUGGGGGUGUUGAGCCUGGAGGUGCGGAGCCUGGAGGUGCGGAGCCUGGAGGUGCUGAGUCUGGGGGUACUGAGUCUGGGGGUGCUGAGACUGAGCGUGCUACACCUGGAGGAGCCCUCUCCUCCCAGCAGCUUCUUCGGAGUGGUGCUCCGGGUACUGCGGACCCUGGGGGUGGCACUACUGCUGGUGCUGAGGACCCGGGCGUUGGAGCUGCUGCUGGUGCUGAGGACUUGGGCGUUGGAGCUGCUCCUGGUGCUGAGGACCCGGGCGCUGGAGCUGCUGCUGGUACUGAGGACCCGGGCGGUGGAGCUGCUGCUGGUGCUGAGGACUCGGACGUUGGAGCUACUGCUGGAGCUGAGGACCCGAGCGGUGGUGCUGCUGCUGGUGCUGAGGACCCGGCCGGUGGAGCUGCUGCUGGUGCUGAGGACCCGGACGUUGGAGCUGCUGCUGGUGCUGCGGACCCUGCCGCUGGUGUCUCUGCUGGUUCUGGAGAUGCUGCGCGGCCGCGACCGUACUUCGUCCCACUUCUUCAGCAGGUUCUUGGUCAGGCUCCUCCUCCUUGUCCUCCUCCCUCCGUAGAGUGUCCUCCGCCUGUCCAGCCGCAGUCACAGUUACCGCCUGACUCGCCUCUCCCUGCUCCCUCUCCUUACGCUGGUCCCACAGGAGGUCUUACAGAGCGUCGUGAGCCUGAGUCUCGUCCUGCGUCGCCUGUUCGUACUGCGUGCACUGGUCGUCGUGUCCCACGCCAGCGUCCUCCUCCUGUCCCUGGCACUCAUUACAUGACUCUGCGUCGCUCUACUGCUCCUCAGCGUGUCCCUCUGCCGUCUCCUCCUGCGUCCUCUCUACCUACUCUUCCUGACCCGGAGUCUAACUCCCGUCGUGCUGCCAGUCCCACUGUCACCCGUCUCCUCGCUACUGUUGUCACUGACCCUACCUUUGAGUCCUCUGCUGCGUCUGCUCUGGUCGCUGAGUUGAUAGACUUUGCUGCCCGGUGUCGUCUAGACUACGCCACUAGCCUUGUUGCUGAGUCUGAGUCUGAGUCUGUCUGUCCUCCGUCCGUCGGGGGUGAGUGUGCUCUUGGCACGGACGUCCUUGAGGACAGACAGGAGGAGUUCCAGUGCUUUGCUGCUGCUUUACCCCACCUCGUGUCCAUGCUAGUUGCCCCUGAGGGAGACCCGGAUGCACCAGACAUCCCGACCCCGCGCACUUACGCUGAGGCGAUGGCGGGUCCCUACUCCUCUCAGUGGCAGACAGCCAUGGACGCAGAGAUGGCUUCCUGGAAGUCCACACGCACCUACGUCGACGAGGUUCCCCCACAUGGGGCGAACAUCGUCAGUGGCAUGUGGAUUUUCAGGGUGAAGCAGCCGCCGGGUUCUCCUCCUGUCUUCAAGGCGCGCUACGUGGCUCGAGGCUUCAGUCAGCGAGAGGGAGUAGACUUCUUCCAGACCUUCUCCCCCACCCCGAAGAUGACCACUCUUCGGGUGCUGCUGCACAUAGCCGCUCAGCGCGACUACGAGCUUCACUCACUUGACUUCAGCACUGCUUUCUUGCAGGGCAGCCUGCACGAGGAGAUCUGGCUGCGCCGCCCACCUGGCUUCACUGGGUCGGUUCCUCCUGGUACCUAG